AUGGCGAUAGCAGAGCAAACCAGCAAUAUCUUCACAGAUCAGUCUGCUCUUCUCUCUCUCAAAGCCAGUAUCACCAGUGAUCCUCAAAACAUGAUCUUCAGUAACUGGUUUAUCAACACCUCCAUUUGCAACUGGACUGGGGUUACUUGUGGUGCAAGUCCCCGCAGAGUCAAGGUCUUAGACCUUGCUUACUUUGGUCUUGCAGGUACCAUUCCUGCGUCUGGGUCCUUGUUAAAUCUCCAAACCUUGGAUUUGCACAGUAAUCAAUUUUCAGGUUCUGUACCUGCUACUAUCUUCAGUUUAUCUGCACUGCAAGUGAUAAAUCUUAGGAACAACCAUCUAUCAGGUAGCAUACCAGCAGAAAUUGGAAACUUAAAACUGCUGAAGGCAAUAUAUAUUGAUGAUAAUGAAUUUGACGAAAUUCCAAACGAGAUUGGCUCUUUGGAUCAGGUAGAGAAGUUGUCUGUGCAAUCCAAUGCGCUAAAAGGACAUGUUCCUGUAGCUAUCUUCAACAUGUCUUCUUUGAUCAUUUUGAAUCUACAUGGAAACAACUUGACUGGUAGUAUUCCAGAUAAUAUCUGCCAGAAACUUCCUAAAAUUCAAGAGCUGUAUUUUGGUCACAACAAGUUUGAUGGUCCACUUCCAUCCACACUCUGGCAAUGCAAACAGCUUCUUGUAUUAUCGUUGGAGGCUAACAAUUUCAGUGGAACCAUAUACAAGAGUAUCGCGAACUUGACUCGCUUAAAAGAGAUCUCUCUUGGCUACAAUAAUUUCACAGGUACUAUACCACAUGGCAUAGGCGAUCUUCCAAAUUUAGAGAUUUUGUCACUCAUGGUUAAUAAUCUUGAUGGCCUCAUCCCAUCCACAGUCUACAACAUGUCCUCUGUAAGACUGAUAUCCAUUUCUAGUAAUUAUCUGUCUGGCAGGCUUCCAGCAAACGUAGGCCUUGGAUUUCCAAAAAUACAACGGUUUUAUGCAUCGGAUAAUAAACUCAGCGGAGUAAUCCCCAAAUCCAUCUCUAAUGCUUCUAAGCUCACAGGCCUGGACCUGAGAAGUAACUCAAUUUAUGGCUCUAUUCCUAGCUCACUUUGUGCCUUACCAUUCCUUGAGAGGCUGUUCUUGGAAUCAAACAACUUGAAGAUUGAUACAUUUACUCCAGAAGUAAAUAUGCUCUCUUGCUUAGCCAGUCUUACAAAGUUGAGGAAGUUUUGGGUGUCUCACAAUCCAUUAUAUGCCAUGCUUCCAGUUUCUCUUGGAAAUCUCUCUACAUCACUUGAAGAUUUAAGAUUGAGGAACUGCAACAUGUCAGGGAAGAUUCCGAAUCCUAUUGAAAACUUGAGCAGCUUGACCUUCUUAGACUUGGGAUCAAAUCAAUUGAGCGGCUCAAUUCCAACUACCAUAGGAAGACUACAAAACCUUCAAGUUCUUAACUUGAGUAACAACAUAUUGAGAGGUUCUAUUCCAGAUGAACAUUGUCAGCUGAAGAACUUAGGUGACUUGCUUCUGCAAGGCAAUCAACUCUCUGGUUCUAUACCUUCCUGCUUGGGUGAUCUGAAUGCAGCUCUGAGAAGUCUUUCACUAGGGUCUAAUUUGUUUACUUCUACAAUGCCAUCUACCUUGUGGAAGCUUACUUAUCUCCUACACUUGGACUUGUCAUCCAAUUCUCUAACUGGACCUCUAGAGCUUGGCCAUUUGAAAGUUGUCACUGAAGUAUAUUUGUCGAAUAAUCAUUUGUCAGGUCCAAUACCAACUGGUAUCGGGAAUCUCCUGGACCUGGUAAUUCUCAAACUAGCAAACAAUAGUUUAGAAGGUGCUAUUCCUAGUUCUUUUGGGUAUCCACUAAGCUUAGAAAUCUUGGAUUUAUCCAAAAACAAUCUGUCAGGGGAGAUUCCAAAGUCUCUAGCAACACUUCCACAACUCAUAUAUUUGAAUUUGUCCUUCAACAAACUGCAAGGAGAAAUUCCAAACGGUGGAGCUUUUGGAAAUUUGUCUCAUGAAUCAUUCCUGUCGAAUGGUGAACUCUGUGGUUCACCCCACCUGCAGGUUCCACUGUGUCCAAAUUUAAAGAGUACUCCACUGAGUCAAACUAGACACAUUUGUAAUUUGAAGUAUAUUAUUCCAGGGAUCACCUUAGUGAUAUUUGCAGUGGUCUUCAUAUGGAGAUUAAUAUUGCAUAGAAAAAGGAAAGCAAAAGCUGCAUUGGUGACUACAUUGUUACCACCUCAAACUCUUUGGAGAAGAGUUUCAUACCAAGAACUCCGAAGGGCUACUAUGGAUUUGCUGAUACCAACUUACUUGGCACUGGGAGUUUUGGCUCAGUUUAUAAAGGGACACUAUCAGACGGGAUUUUAG